UCUCAGUCACAUCUCCAGGCUACUGUUGAAAUUUUUGUUUUGUUCCGUCUGGAUCCAGAGCAAUUUUUCUUUCGCUUUUCUUUGUCAUUUUUUUCAUUCGUUUCAUUCGGUAGCCAUGGUGCACUUGGAACACACAUUGAGCAGCACGCUGGAAACAAAAUGCGCCAUCGAUCCGAGUCCGAACAAGUCAAAGAAGAAGAAACCAAAAAAGAAAACUGUACUUGAAGAGAUCGAUCCGUUUUACGUCCAGGCUCUCGCUAAAUAUCCAGUAAAACUAUGCAAUACCCGAGCCAAAGGUCGCCACGCAGCCGCGGCUCAAGACAUUAGCCAAGGCACCGUCGUAUGCCUUGAACAGGCCACAGCCUUUGUCGUUCGAUCCGACUACAUCGACCAGCAAUGCCACGUCUGUCUAAGUGACUUGAAGCAGAAACUCAUGUGCAGCGACUGUAAAAUGACCUUUUACUGCUCCCAAGCAUGUCUUGAGAAAGAUUCACUUCACUUACUGGCAUGCUCACCUCUGGCCGCGGCUACGGCUAUCGGCCGGUCGACCGACGUAGACCCCGACUUGUUACGGUUAAUGACCUUGUUGACUGCACAACGCUGCAAAGAAGCGUCCAACGAACUUCAAAAUAACACCAUAACUCUGCCACCUACACCCUAUUGGUGCGUGAAUGAACUUUUAAGCCACAAAGAGCAGGCAAAUCCUGCUUUCAUCAAAGUGGUGACUGAAGCUUCUCAACGACUGAUUUCAGAAAUGCCAGAGAGAAUGCAAGUGCCUGUAGAGGACUUGGUGACUCUCGCUUGCAGAAUCAACUGCAAUGCACAUGGACUGGGUGAUAAUCAUUCACGCAACACUGAUGUGGCGCUUGGACUAUUUCCAAUGGGAGCCAUGUUCUUCAAUCAUGCUUGCAAUCCGAAUGCCGCCUUUGUGGGGUUGGCUAACGGACAAUUGGCAUUCCGCACCAUCCGGCCCGUUAAAGCGGACGAAGAGCUCACGGUCAGCUAUAUCGAUCUGUACGCCCCGAGAGAUGAACGACGACAGGAAUUGUUGCAAACAAAGCAUUUUUGGUGCAAAUGCAAACGCUGUACAACGCCUAUCGAGAAUUCGGUGGAUCGCUUGUUAUCCGGUGUUGUAUGUUCAAACUGUCGACAGGACGUCUACUGCAUCCCGCCCUUAUCCAUUGACGAUGUCACACGUGGGUUGAGUGCAGUUCAAGCCAGUCCAAAUACAUCCUGGAAAUGUGCUAGAUGCGGUCACAACGAGGCUACCGAAACUGUUUACAGCAUUCUUGAAAAAGGGCAGCAAAACUAUAUGAAUGGCCUGGUUGCUCUUCGUCAGAAACGCGAUUACAGAGGAGCUCGUCAGCAGUUGGAGCCAUUUAUCAACGUGAGUUUCGACGAUUGGUCCGAGAAUGCUUUGGCACCUCUGCACGCUUUGCGGCUUAAUGCCGCCAUCCCGCUCAUGAAUUGUCUACGACGCCUGAACGACAUCAAGGGAGCGGUAGAAGUGAAUCGGUUCAUUAUCAACUUGCUGGAAGAACAUGCCAAGCAACAUUUACCGGAAAACACAGCAGAAAUUUCAGAUUUCUGGCAAAAUCUCGGUGAAUUGGCGGAUGUCCUAGCUGAACAAUACCGUGGCUUGGGUCGUGCACCGCUGGAGAAACGAUGGUUCAAGGAAGCUCGUCAAGCUUUCACUCAAGCCGCAAGUAUUCGAUCUAUUGUGUAUGGCGCCGACCACCCAAAGACUAAACAUGUACAACAAUUUGUUGCUUGUGCCUCCUGUUAAAUGUAGAAAUGAUGUGUUUCACUGUCUGUGUAUUUAUUUAUUUUAUUUUUUGCAAUUUUUGUCAUUUGAAUUUUCCGGUAUUAAAGCAAGUUAAAGCUGGCAAAAGCUGUU